AUGGAUUCUUCCAAAGAAGUCAAGAGGCCAGGGACGGAUUCAAAAGGGCAAAAUGGACGGAGAAAGAGGAGACAAGCAAACCUGUACGAUGCAGUUGCAGGACGAGUGACCACCACUCAUCAACUCGCCUCAUCAGCCGUAGGCACAAAGUCCAGAGAUGGCUCUUAUGGUCUCAGGGACGCAACUCUCGCCCCAGAAGAAGUUCUCUUCCAGCGCCUCGGCGCGCCCCAGCGCUACGCGGAAAAGGAUCUUUACCACUCACAGCACGAGACACUGUCCAAAGAAGGCAGGGGCCUGCUGCCAGACAGCGACCUACUCAAGGCGGUGCACGGGUAUGCAGCGACUUUCUACGAGCAGCUGGCGGUUCCGGGCCCGGGUCAGGAUGCAAAGAACCUCAGGUCGAGCUGCUUUAUAGGGACGCGACACGUCGACGAGCGCAGCAUGGACGAGACGGCACUCAUCGCGUUUGGAAUCCUACUACAGGAGGCCGGGAGGGAAGUUCUCGGGCGACGCGGGGACCUUGUUUUCACCGAGGGCUUGAUUGAGGAGGAGGAGGAGGAGCAAAGCGCAACGAAUCGCCGAGGUCGCAGCAGGUCACGGUCUGUAGGUGUAGUAGGCCAAGAACCCGUCCAUCCAGGAGAGGGAGAGGUGUUCUGGCGAAGAUCGUACCCGAAGCGGCGGAAGAUGACCGACGGCGCAGGACGAUAG